GAUAUUGAAUCCCAAUCAGUAUACUUGGGAGAUGCCUCAAAAUCAGAUGUUCAACCAGGAUGAAGUUUGGAACUUCCCAGGGAGCCAGCUGGAAGUGCAGAAGUGAAGGAAAGCUUUUGCAGGUGGGUCCCACUGGAUGCGUGCUGAAGGCAGGGAUGUGCAUCCCUUUUCCUGAGGGGAAAGAAUGUGCAGAGGCUGCUGCUGAGGCUCUGAAAGGAGCUGGGCUUCUUCAGGGAGAGGUGUGCUGCCUCAGCACAGGCUGGGAGUGCAUCCAGCCACUGCCUUGUCCUGCUUUAAAAUAUCAACUGGAGCCCGAGCUCCAGGGGUGGGGAGUGAAAUCAGCUGGGUUCCAGGGAACUCUGCCAAGUGACCCCAGGGACAUCAGGGGAGAUGGGGGAUGAGGGUUUUAAACAGCAAGUUCUAUGGAAUAUAGACCUGUCCUUGUCCUGAUCCCACUCAGCUUCCCUGGAACCUCUGCUGGCUCCUGACACAGCUGGUGCAAAAGUGGUACCUCUGCAUGGGAAUUUCCACUCUCCAUGAGGCGCUGUCAGGUUAUUCCAGCAGGAAUUCAUCAGGGAAUGUGGGGCUGUGGGUACAACUCACCUGAACUAGCAAAGCUGAUAGCAAACCCCAAAUCCAGGCACCACAUAGAGAACAAUCUUUGUGCUGGCCUGUCAGCUAAAACCCCUGGGCUGGGAAAUUUCUGCAGCCAAAUACAUGGAAUGCUCUAAAUCCCAGUAGCCAGCAUUCCCCAGGGGGACAAUCCAAGUCCCAGGGUGGCAGCUGGUGUCCUUCCCCUGCUGCUGGUGGGACAAAUUCCCCUCAGAACGGGCAGGAGCGGGCCUGGGGAAGUGCCGGGAGGUGAGGCCGCUGCAAUGUCACCUGGAUCGGGAGGUGAGGCCGCUGGAAUGUCACCUGGAUCGGGAGGUGAGGCCGCUGGAAUGUCACCUGGAUCGGGAGGUGAGGCCGCUGGAAUGUCACCUGGAUCGGGAGAUGAGGCCGCUGGAAUGUCACCUGAAUCGGGAGGUGAGGCCGCUGGAAUGUCACCUGGAUCGGGAGGUGAGGCCGCUGCAAUGCCGGCUGAAUCGGGAGGUGAGGCCGCUGCAAUGCCGGCUGAAUCGGGAGGUGAGGCCGCUGGAAUGUCACCUGAAUCGGGAGGUGAGGCCGCUGGAAUGUCACCUGGAUCGGGAGGUGAGGCCGCUGCAAUGCCGGCUGGAUCGGGAGAUGAGGCCGCUGGAAUGCCGGCUGAAUCGGGAGGGUGUCAGCGCUGCCGUGAGGGAGCUCAGACCCAAAAACCCCACAGCCCACAGAGUGAACGAUCCCAACAGAGAAAUGCAGCGUUGUGAUAAAAAUUCUGUUAAAAAGGCUGUGACAACACUGUAAUGGGAUUCCCAGGAACCUUCUGGUUUGCUCCUGGGUCUGUUUUUAUGUAUUUUUAGUCCCUCAAUGGGCAGUUUGUAGAAUUUAUUCUGGGACUCCGAGGUUGAGCAGGGCUGGCUUUGGAUUGGCCUUCACCUCUGCUCCCACUUGGGCCGAGCUGGGCGGACUCAUCCCCUCAGCUCUUCCCUCCAAACCAUCCCUGACUCAUUUCCCUGCAGGUGAACCCGGGUUUGGCCCCAAGCUGUCCCCUCCCCGCCUGCCCUUGCCCUCACGGGGUCCCUUCUGCUCCCCACAGUGCCCUGGGGACACCAGGGAGGUCCCUCUGCCUUUCUCUGCCCCUCUCCAGCCCCGGCCGCUCCUCUGCUCGCUCUCUCUGCCCCUGUCCCACACAGCGGGGCACAAAAGGGCAAAGGGGUCAUUAAUUCAAUUAAUUCUGCAAUUAAUUAAUGUAUUAAUUCCAAUUCCCCAGUGAGAAGAACACGAACUCACAGCCACCGAGGCCUGAUGGGUUCCUGCAGUGAGAGCUCAGCACACAUCCACAGAGGUAAGUCCAGCAUCUGAAGGAAAAAACAAAACACAGGCGAAAAAAGUGAUUUAUUUUGCUUCUAAGUUAUUUCAAGUUCUUAAAGCCCAGCCAACGUUUGCUCUUGAUUUUGGUUGGGUGAAUUGUGAGCAGUGGGCACAGGUCAUGCCAUUCGUGGGGGCAGAAAAAGUAGAUUGGGCUCACCUUAUUUCAAGUUAUUAAAAAAGACUUAUAACUCUUUAAACACAACACCCUUCAAUUACCAUAAUGUUUCUUCCUUGAUUUUAACUGAGUCUCAGUAUAUUUUAUAAAACUUAAAACAACACCUCCUCCUUAACAGACUCAUAAAACAUUAGACAAAAAGUCCUAAUACCAGUCUCAGGCUUACACAAGAGACCCUCCCCACAACCAAACAAAAAAAUCAAACUAAUGUACCAAAAGUAGACCUUAUUAACAUUAAAAAUACAGUUCAACCACAUCCAAAAAUAACUCCAAAUUUAUUUCCUCCAAACACCAAAUACUCUUCAAAUUCUAAAUCAAAAACUCUUUAAAAAGUAACACAAACCAUUAAAAAUUAUUCAAAUAUCAAAAACCUAUACAUAAAUAUUACUCAAAGCCCACAAAAAUAUAGAACGUUCUAAUCAAUAUCCUAAAUACAAAAAAAGCCCACUAUACAAAUUAGUACCAUUCUAAAUAGAACAUAAAUAAAAAUCUUUUACCAAGAAACAUAGCUCCCAAUAAAUAAAACCACCAUGUAAGGAUAUAGGUAGUAAUAGUAACCCAACAAUCUAAGGUUUCUCCAAAACACUUUCAAAACUUCAAUAUUUAUAAAUAACAACCUACAGUAACUCAAGUAUUAAUAAAAUCGAACAAAAUUAAACUUCACUACAUUUAAGUCUAAAUAGUCUUAAAUUUCAUUUUAUCACUGUAAUGGUCUAAUAAAAUUAGGUUUAUUAUUCCUUACUAUCAGAAUUAAUUAAUUCUAAAUCUUAUUUAAUGAAACUUAUCCUAAAUUUUAUUAUAAAUCAUUUUUCCAAACUAUAAAGUAUAUAGUUAAUUUUCUUAAAAAAGUAAAACAACUCAAAUUAAAACAACUACAAUAACACUCUAACAAACACCUACUCAUAAGUAAAAAAAUACAGUUGAUUACAUCAUCCAUUUCAUAAAAAAUCUGUUCUUCAUUACAAUGUCUAGUUUUUAUCUUUUGUAAAUACCACCAAAAAAAUAGCAAUUACUAUUAAUAUCAUACUAUUUUAAAAUUUUUACUCUAUUUCCGUAAUACAUAAAUAUUUUUAGAAAGUUACCUUAGGUUCUCCAAACACUUAGUACUAAUAGGCUAAUUAUAGAAAAUUAUUAAUUUUAUAAUAAACAAAAUUUAUAAAAUUUUAUUAUAAUAUUUACAACUGACUUUCACAUACUUUACCAUCUCUUUAUGUAAUUACCAAAACCACAUAAUUUCAAAAUCCCACUUUUUUAUUCUCUAACUACUUAUACAUCUCUGAAACCAAGUGAACUCCCUAACUAAUCUCUACACUAACUCUGUCAUUUAACCUAAUAUUAUCUCAUAAUUUUACAUAUUUUUCAAAUUUAACAAAAAACUUCAUUAAAAACCUCCUCCAAACUAUUAAUCCUAUCACUUUCCUCAGUUAUUAUUAUUACAAAAACACUUCUAUAAAAAAUCCAACUACAACAAUAAUUUAUUUUUCUAAGUUUCAUACUAAGUAUUCAGCCUCUCCUACAGCUACAUUUCCUGCCCCCUCACACUCUCAGUAUCCAAAUCCACAAUCCUGUCUGUAACCACUUUCAAAUCUUGAAAAAAUAAGUUUACUAUACUCAAAACAUCUCUAUUCUAAAAAUACUUUUAAAAACCCAAUUAUUAAAUGAUUUAAUUAAUCCUUAAUCCUAAAAUUUUUACUCAUAACUACUAUUUUUAAAAACAUUACAUAAAAAUGUAUUAAGUAAUAUCCACCAAUUACAGUUUAAACUACAAUCAAACCCUAAUUCUACCGAAAUAAAAUAAUUAACAAAAAUCCCAAAUGUUUGCUUUAUCAAAAAUAAAUUUCAAAUAAUUUUAACUUAAGACAUUGACUUUAUCAAUAUAACAACUAAACCUAUUUUUAACUAUUAUGUAACCUUCCACUAAUUUAAAAUUUAUCAACGGUUACAAACUCUGAAAUAAUAUACAAUAUUUUAAUACUUAAUCAAUAUAUCAUUUCACAUGUUACUAAUUGUAUAUAAUCUAAAUAAUUCCUAAUUAAUUUAAUUUUUCUCUUUACUGCAUACAUUAUUUUAAUCUAAUAUUUCUCCAUACUUAUAACAAAAAUAAUUAGAAUAAUAUCUUAAAUAAGUAUCUCACAAAUCUCCAUGCUAUUUUAUAAACCAAGAUGCAUCAGUAGUUUAUUUCUCAGAUGAAAACGUGAAGUUUACUUACAUCUCAGCAAGUACAAAAACCCAGGUAAGUUUCAAUAAAAAACACAAAACCACAUCACACAAACAACCACACUGACAACUCCAGCACUAAAAAAUCAAUGUAAAUACAAAUGGAAAUUACACAAAAAUUCCAACUUACACCUAACGUCUUGUAUUACACCCACCAAAAACUAUUAACUUUAAGUGUCUUUAUAAAUAUAAAAAUCAAUAAUAUAAAAUUCUUCUUUAAUAAUAGCCUAAAAAUAUAAAAUUCAAUCAAAUGUUAUGCCUCUAUUUAGUGUGUUUACUUUUAAUUAUACAACUUGACUAAUGAACCAACCUAAACCAAACAUUUAAAUAACUUCAACUAAAGUUUCAAGUUUAAAUACUUUGUCACUACUCAAGAAAUCCAUUCUUUACUUACCUAAUCAAUAUACCAAUUACAAAUUAUCCAUAUAAAUCUAUUAAUAAAAAUUUCUUAAUACACAGUGAGAGGGGAGAUGUGGGAAUUGGAAAACCAGAAACUUCCAGAGACACCCAAAGAUUUGAUCUGCAGCCUGGGAAGAAGCUUGGAUUGAUGGAAAAAUACAACACACAGGCAUUAACAGAAAAAUAAUAGAUAAAGCAGGGAGGCCUGUGGCUGUUUCUAAUUAAUGGCCAAUCACACUCAGCUGGCUCACACUCUCUGUCCCAGCCACAAGCCCUUGGUAUUCAUUCCUUCUUUUUCUACUCUUAGCUGGCCUGCUGAUGAGAUCCUUUCUUCUAUUCUUUUAGCAUAGUUUAAUGCCAUAGAUACAAUAAAAUAACAAACGAGCCCUGUGCCCCACGGAGUCAGGGCCUGUCCCUUCCCUCACCCUGCCCUGUGAGCAGCCCCGGCUGGGCUGGCAGCAGUGGCAGCCCCAGGCAGUGAGGGCAGCAGAGAGGGCAGGAGGAGCCCUGGGUGCCUCUGACUCACCCACAGCAGGGCAGGGCUGGGCUGGGGCCUCUGGGCUGGGGCUGCUCAAACACCAAAGGUUUGGGCAACGCUGGGAGGAGUUUGGGGAUUCUUCCUGGCCUGAAAGAGAGGAGGAAAAGAAAAUUAUUGCACUGUGGAAGUCAAAGGAUCCAGCUUUCACACUUGUGCUCUGCUGGCUCACUGUGGGGUUUUAUCCAUGAGAGGUGACACCAAUUCAGACAUAACAGUGCCCUUUUCCAGCAUUUCUAUUCCCAACCAUUUCAGACAUUAAAAGGAAGCUCAUUUUUCUUAUUGCA